AUGGUAGCUGGCAUUGGCCAAGAACAUCCUAAUAGCCUGCGGCACAAAUACAACUUUAUUGCAGAUGUGGUAGAGAAGAUUGCUCCUGCUGUGGUUCACAUUGAAUUAUUUCGCAAACUCCCUUAUUCGAAGAGGGAGAUCCCUGUUGCCAGUGGUUCAGGGUUCAUUGUCUCGGAAGACGGACUGAUAGUGACAAACGCCCAUGUCGUCACCAACAAAAACCGGGUGAAGGUGGAGCUGAAGAACGGUGAAACGUAUGAAGCUAAAAUUAAAGACGUUGAUGAAAAAGCUGACAUUGCACUAAUUAAAAUAGAUUCUCAGGGUAAACUGCCGGUUCUUCUGCUUGGUCAGUCUGCGGACUUGAGACCAGGAGAAUUUGUGGUGGCGAUUGGAAGUCCGUUUUCCCUUCAAAACACAGUGACUACAGGGAUCGUUAGUACCACUCAGCGUGGAGGGAAGGAGCUGGGCCUCCGCAACUCCGACAUGGACUAUAUUCAGACUGAUGCCAUCAUCAACUAUGGAAACUCUGGAGGACCCCUAGUAAAUCUGGAUGGUGAAGUCAUUGGGAUUAACACAUUAAAAGUUACAGCAGGCAUCUCGUUUGCUAUCCCGUCGGAUAAAAUAAAAAAGUUCCUAACUGAAUCCCGCGACAGACAAGCUAAAGGAAAAGCUAUAACCAAAAAGAAAUACAUUGGCAUACGAAUGAUGUCCCUAACUCCUAGCAAAGCUAGAGAGCUGAAGGAUCGCCAUAAAGACUUUCCUGAUGUGGUCUCUGGGGCCUAUGUUAUUGAAGUAAUUCCAGAAACACCAGCUGAAGCUGGUGGCCUGAAGGACAACGAUGUGAUUAUAAGCAUCAAUGGACAGUCGAUAAGUUCAGCCAGUGAUGUCAGUGACAUUAUUAAAAAGGACAGUAUGUUGAACAUGGUUGUACGCAGGGGCAAUGAAGAUGUUAUGUUAACAGUAGUUCCUGAAGAAAUCGAUCCCUAACCAGAAACAUGAGCUGGAUUUCAUGUUUUCUUUUAACAGCAUUGGACUGCUUAUAUUCUCUCUGUGCUGGUACAGGAAACGUUAGACUUCUGACCAACAUUCUGCUUGUUCAGUGGAUUAGUAUUGGCCAACCGAGUAACUUCUAAUAGGUUUAAGGUGCAAAACCAGCGUAAUUUCACAUACUCCAGAUGAUAAUUUUUUUCCUUCUGUAUUAUGUAUGCAAUGUAUUCUUUACUGGCUGUUACAUUCCCUGCUUAACAAAUCGAUGUUUGCUUCCCUGUGUUGAAUAGAUUUACCAUUAUUUCCGCUCAGAUUUAAACAAAACCCACGCACACAAUGUGUGUUGUGGUAUUCAGGUAUUUAUAGGUUAGCUGUGUUUUAACUGGAAAUACCAUUGUAAAGGUGUAGUUGGUUUAAAAGAAAAUACAAUUUGGGGGGCAAAAAAAAGAGUUUGGUUUAUAAACACAAAAGAAAUCCCAACCGAAAUAACCUUUUGAGGAUCCCGUGCAGGACUUUAAUACUAUGAUAUUUUCCUAGUGUUAUUAAAAGAAUUCAACAGUA